CAUGACUUUUGACGAAGACUGAGAGCAGUCAGUAGCCUACUAGUGUACCUUGCACUUCCUCUCCCACCGUCUCCUCCCCCGCCGUCAAGCUCCGCAGCAGCGUCUCCUGGCUCCAUAUCCCUCGCACCAGCCGCCCUUGUGUUGCCUGUGCCAUCGCCCGUGUUCGAUCUGACCUCGGUAGGGCUCAGGCCUUCGCUCGUCGCUCAGCUACGUCCACCAGGGUGACCUCGCUCCAACAUGGCCGCGUCCCAUCAGGCCAACAAGCAUGCCUUUCUCUCCAUGGCCCCGCCGCCCAACUAUGUGGCGGGUCUAGGCAGAGGAGCAUCUGGCUUCACCACACGGUCCGACAUCGGCCCAGCCAGACAGACUGGCCCCGACCCCUCCUCUUCCAAGCGUGAAGAGGGAGCAAAGGACGAUGAAGAGGGCGAGGAUGGACAAUACGACGACCGGGAUCCCGAAAACGAGACGGGACUCUUCGUUGGAGGCCCCUACGAACAAGACGAUGAGGAGGCUGAUCGCAUAUGGGACGCCGUCAACGUCAAGAUGGAUGAGCGGAGGAGGGCAAAGCGCGAGGCAAGAGAAAAGGCAGAGUUGGAAAAGCUCAGAGCUGAGCGACCCAAGAUUCAAGCUCAAUUUGCCGACCUCAAGAGGGGCCUGGGAGGAAUGACGGAGAGCGAGUGGGAGUCGCUGCCCGAGGCUGGGAAUCUUACAGGCAAGAAGAGGAAGAAGAGUGAAAAGAGGGAAGCUAGGGAGACUGGGAGGAGCUACGCAGUCUCUGACAGCAUCCUCUUGGGAGCGAGGGAUCAGAACAUGAGUGAAAAUGCUCUCUCACAAGAUCAGAUGGACACAGAGGGAAGCACGUCGUCCAAACAAGGCAUCAUGACCAGCUUGACCGAGAUUGGAGAGGCGAGGAACAAAAUCUUCUCCCACAACCUCGAUCAAGCCGGCACGGCCACUUCCCUGGGCGGAUCAGCCUCCACCAUCGAUCCAAAGGGAUACCUCACGUCGCUCUCUUCCUUACCUACGCAAUCAACAGCCGAGAUAGGAGACAUCAAAAAGGCGCGUUCGCUUCUGGACUCGGUCAUCAAGACGAACCCUUCGCACGCUCCCGGCUGGAUUGCAGCAGCUCGUCUGGAAGAGGUGGCGGGCAAGAUGGCAGUGGCUCGCAAAGUCAUUGCUCAAGGAUGUGAUCAUUGCCCCAAGUCGGAAGAUGUGUGGCUGGAGAAUGCAAGGCUGAACAAUCGUGACAACGCAAAGGUCGUGCUUGCUCAAGCUACACAGGCACUCAAGGGACAGAGCGUCAAAGUCUGGCUAAAGGCGGCAGAGCUGGAAACUGAUCCUCAAAGCAAAAAGCGGGUUUUGAUGAAGAGUCUGGAGUUCUUGCGUGAGUCGGUAACACUCUGGAAAGAGCUCGUCAACCUCGAAACAGAUCCGGCCGAAGCACGGACGCUGCUUUCCGGAGCUGUGGGCGCUAUUCCCUCUUCAGAAGCUCUCUGGCUCGCCCUUGCUCGCCUUUCGCCGCCUACUGAAGCCCAAAAAGUCCUCAACCAGGCUCGCAAAAGUAUACCCACGUCCCAUACCAUCUGGAUCGCCGCCCUUCGCCUCUGGGAGCAGACGAGCGAAGAAGCAACUGAUGCCACUCAGACAAGGCUGGAUGGCAUGAUGUCCAAGGCUGUGCAGUCAUUGAAUCAAAAGGGCGCUGUUCUGUCACGAGAUCAGUGGAUGGAAGAGGCGCUGCGAGUAGAGCAAGAAGGCAGUCCUAUGACAGCCGAGGCGAUCAUCAAGGCUACUCUUGCAUUGGGAGUCGAAGACGAUGAGGAUCGGCGCAUCGUGUGGGUCCAAGACGCCGAAGCUGCCAAGGAUAAGGGCUGUGUAGCCACCGCACGAGCGAUUUUGACCUACACGCUGCGUCUGUUCCCGGACAGAGCGAGCAUCUGGAGAUUUGCCAUCGAUCUCGAGAAGGAACUUGGCGACUCUCAGGCUCUAGAGGCGCUUCUCGAGCGCGCAGUCACCUCCGUGCCGAAGAGUGAGACGCUAUGGCUCAUCUAUGCCAAGACGAAGUGGGACGCUGGAGACAUACCCGCUGCUAGACAAGUCUUGAUCCGGGCAUUCGAGAAGAAUCUCGGCUCGGAAGAGAUUUCUCUCGCUGCAGCCAAGCUAGAAUUUGAAAAUGGUGAGAAGGAAGCCGCAAGACUGCUGCUAGAGCGAGCUAGAGGAGAAGUGGGAUCGCGCAGAGUAUGGAUCAAGUCGGCUGUCUUUGAGCGUGACGAAGGCAGGGCGAGCAACGCGCUCGAGAUUGUCGACCAAGGUCUAUUGAAGUACAACGACGAACCCAAGCUGUGGUUGAUGAAGGCCCAGCUCGUGCAAAUAGAAUCAGUCAGUCCCAGCAGGGAGGAUGGCAUCAGGACAGCUCGCGAGGCCUUGUCGAAGGCGACCAGGUCGUGCCCUACCUCCAUCGCGGUCUGGCUCUCGGCAUCUAGGCUCGAAGAGGCUGCAGGCCUGGCCAUCAGAGCGCGCGCCCUCUUGGAACGGGCUCGAUUAGCCAAUCCACGCAACGAGGUGAUUUGGCUCGAGGCAGCACGCGUAGAAGACCGAUCUGGCUCGCCUCAAGAGUACCGCCGUCUCCUCUCUCGAGGUCUGCAGGAGUGUCCUUCUUCGGGUCUUCUCUGGGCAGAGAGCAUCUUCGCAGAGCCCCGCUCCACUCGCAAAGGUCGUUCGGUCGAUGCUCUCAAGAAGAGUGGGGACGAUGCUCGCGUUUUGUGUACUGUUGCUCAGCUCUUCUGGACAGAGGGCAAGUAUGAGAAGGCUCGACACUGGUUCGACCGGAUGUGCAAGGCAGAUCCGAAGUGGAGCGACGGGUACGCAUGGUGGUACAAGUUCGAGAUGGUGGAGGAGCAUGGUGGGAACGAAGCGGGUAGAGAGGCCAUUGUGGAAAUGGCGCGCAAGAAUGAGGCGAGGUACGGCGAGGUGUUCCAAGCGGUCAACAAGAGUCCGGAGCGGAUCAGUGGGAAGUGGACGAUGAGACAGGUCAUUGAAGAGGUGGCUUCGCGACUUGUGCUCAAAAAGUAGUGAUGGUGGGUGACGUGCCAUUGUAAUGAAUACGAA